CAGACCAGUCGCAGCCAUUUUACUCCGUGAAAUAAACUUCAAUCCCACAGCCAGAGGAAAAACACUCAACUUAACUCGGCUGACAUCCAUGGAUAUCUCAGCAUGAAUCGGAGCUCGGACACAUCCCGGUCUCAACUCUUCGUAAUACGGUUUGACUCCAUGGCUUAAGCGUGACUUUUGACAAAACUUAGCCCGGACGUCUCUGUCCUCUCCCCCUUACCAUCCUCUUCCACUACAGGUAGCAGCAAGACACAAACCAAAGGGACGGUGACCCCUCCCCUCCUGUUGCUUGCCUUUCCCUCCUGAGGCAGCAUGGAGAUCCAGGCGUCUCACGGGCAGCUGGGAGCAGAGGGGGACUGUGAGAUGUCAAGCCUGCUGUUGCCCAGUCCUCAGAGCGAGGCGAUGACCCAUGAAAUGGAGGAACUGUCCUUGCAGCCGUUGCCUCCGCUCAAUGAACGCAAAAAUGGCCAGGACUCUCAGACAAUGGCUUGUGUGGAGGUCGAGACCCCCAGUGACUGCUGCACUGGGUUCAGAGAAGUCUUGCAGUUGAGGCUCCAGCAGAGGCGAACCCGGGAGCAGCUGGUGGACCAGGGCAUCAUGCCACCUCUGAAGAGCCCGGCAGCUUUCCACGGACAGAUCCGCAGUUUGGAGAGAGCCAGGACUGAGAAUUUCCUCAAGCACAAGAUUCGCAGUCGUCCUGAGAGAGCAGAGCUGGUCAGGAUGCACAUUCUGCAAGAGACCGGAGCAGAACCGUCGCUACAGGCCACCCAGAUGAAGCUGAAGAGGGCGCGUCUGGCCGACAACCUGAACGAGAAGAUCGCCCAGAGACCCGGCCCAAUGGAGCUGGUUGAGAAAAACAUCCUGCCGGUGGAUUCCAGCGUCAAACAGGCCAUCAUUGUGGGUCAAGUGAAUUAUCCCAAAGUGUUGGAUGAAGACAGCAGCGAUGCCCUGUCCCCAGAGCAGCCGGCCAGCCAGGAGUCUCAGAGCUCUGUCCCGUCUCCUGCAGAGAGCAAAGUCCCAGAGACGCCCUCUCCAGCUCCAGCACCACCACCAGUACCCAACACAAUCCUGCAGGCCUUCCCAGUCGCCACACAACCCACAACAGACUUUGUGAAAGUGAUCUCGGCCGCCGGCCGCCCAGCUGUCGCUCCUGCACUGCCAGUCACCACAGCUGCUCCAUCAAAACCAGGGCCAACACUGGUCAAACAAAGUCAGCAGAAGUCCCCCUCAGAGAAGAGCCGCAGUAAGAAGGGCAAAGAACCCAAGUCCAGGGUAAAAAAGCUCAAGUACCACCAGUAUGUUCCCCCAGACCAGAAGCAGGAGGCCAGUGAAGCUCCCAUGGACUCUUCUUAUGCCCGACUGCUGCAGCAACAGCAGCUGUUCCUCCAGCUGCAGAUCCUGAGCCAGCAACAGCAGCACUACAACUACCAGACGAUACUGCCGGCACCACUCAAGCCCGUGGCCGAGGGUCAGAGCGCCACCGCCGGCAGCUUGCCGACCCCCAUCAUGAUGUCUCUGCCCACUGCACCUCCACCUGCCCCUGUGACUCCGGCUCGUCCAAACAACUCGCUCUCGAACCGCAAGCCAGGAGUCCUACCUGCCAACCUGGAGGAGAUGAAGGUGGCUGAGCUCAAACUGGAGCUGAAGCUGCGUGGGCUUCCUGUUUCAGGCACUAAGACAGAUCUGAUCGAAAGACUGAAGCCUUUCCAGGAGAACCACAACACCGCUGCCCCUGCUACCAUCCCUGCCCCCGCCACCACCAUCCUCUCCUCCAUGCCCAUGGAGGUCACGACCACCACCACCACCCCUACCAUUGUGCUUCCAGUCCAGCAGGUUGCUCCAGAGAAUAUUAACCCCACACCACCGGUCUCACCCAUCCCCAAUGAUCGCUCCGAUGUCAGCAUGUCUGAGGCUGUGUCUGAAACACAAACGGUGAACACCAGCUGGGCGGGCCCACAGUCUUCACCUCUCCCAUUGUUCCGAGUCCCGGAGGAAAAGGACAGGCGUCUCCAUGAGAAGGAGCAGCAGAUCGUGGAGUUGAUGAGGAAGUUGGAGCAGGAGCAGAAGCUGGUGGAGGAGCUGAAGAUGCAGCUGGAGGUGGAGAAAAGAGGCCAGGGUGGCACCGCUGACCCUGCAGCUCCGAAACUGAACCCCGUUCCCACUGUCCUAAACUCUAACGUAGUAAAAAUAGAGGGCACGGUCCUCUCAAACUGUUCAUCCACCGCCACCACAAUCCCCAACUCUAUCCUGAGCUCCCAGACUCUCUCCCCCCUCCCAACAGUGGUCAAGUUGGAGGAUGUGACUGUCUCUUCUGGCAAGCCUCUGCAGCUCCAGACCCAAACCCAGCUCAUCACCCAGAUCCAGCCCCAAGCCCCACCCCAGAUCACCAGCAGCCCACAGCUGCUCUCCCAGUCUCAGAGGAGUCCCAAUCUCCAGUCCCAGUCCCAGCCCGCCGCCCCCAGCCUGCAGCAGUUCUUCAUCAGCCACCCCGGUGGAGUGUCUCAGGUGCUGGGGCAGCCGCAGACCUUGUUAACCACGACUGGUCAGGCUGGAACUCAGAUCCUCCUCCCAGUCUCACUGCCCAAUAACGCUACUGCAAUCCAGCUGCCGAGCACCACCGUCAGCCUUCAGUCUGUUCUUCAGGCCACGGUCUCUAAUCCAGGCCUGGUGCAGGCUUCGGUUCCUCAGCUGAAAAGCACUAAGAGAGAGACGGCGCCCAGCCAGCAGUUAACCAACCAGAACCCAUUACUGCAGACUCUGACAAUGUGCAAUAACACUACGAAUGUGGAGAACCAGACGAGGCCUGAGAUCAAUCCUCAGUGUUUCCUUAGAAGCUCCCCGGAGAACAGGGUCUCUCCACGGGCGUCACCCAACCACGUCUCCAACGGACCCCUCAAUAAGUCUCCUUCUCCUCAGCCGACCUUCAUCCUCCAGCCCACCUCCCUCGUUACUCAGCCUCCAAAGACAAAAGAGCCUCCCCGCUAUGAGGACGCCAUCAAACAGAGCCGCAACCUGCACGUCAACAAUGUUUCACAGGUUCCCACAGCAACCAGCCAGCAAAUGGAUGACUUGUUCGACAUCCUCAUAGAGAGCGGAGAAAUAACUCCGUUUAUCCAGCAGGAUCCUCACGUCUCUUUCACAAAGACCCUUCCAGUCACAGCAAGCAUCUCCACCCUGCCGGUGAACACUGCUCUUUCCAGGCCGCCACCACAGAUCCAGGUAGCCCCUCCCCAGACCCUGAACCCGGUCACCAACCCCAGCCUGCCCAGCCUCUCCUCCCUCGCCACUGACAACCAGCUGGAGGCCUUCCUGGAGAAUACGCUGGCUGAAACGGCACCAGCGUCAGAUCCGCGCACGCGGGGUCUGAUGGAGGAGCUACAGGCUCAACUGAUGGACCAGCAGCCGUAUUCGCCCAUGGACACGUCAGAGCUGUCCUUCUGUGAUUCGUCUUCACCCUCCUCGCUCAACAUGGGCCUGUCUGACCCCAGCCUGGACAACAUGGAGUGGCUGGACCUCACCAUGCCGCCAGGCCCUGCUGGGGCGCUCACACCACUAGGGAUCCCGACGGACUUCCUGGAUACGCAGGACCUGCAGCUGCACUGGGACUGACGGAGGUGGGAAUGACAGAUAAAGAAGUCUGGCGAGUUGGCAGAGCAGCUGAGCCAGGAGUGGAUGGAUGAAGAGAAGACCGCCGCAAAGACGUGGAUGACGCGUCGGUGCCACACAUCUAAACCAUCUGUAAUAUUCCCACUCAACUACAGGAAGAGAUGCUGUACAGGCUGAGCACUGAUUCAAGUUGAACUACAAGCAGGAGUUUGCACAGCUUUGAAAUAACGCCAUCACUGAGGGGAUCACCCGUCGUGUUAGUGAUAAGGGAUUUUAAACUUUUGCAGCGUGUGAUGUCACGAUUUUAACGAACAAACAGAGACGAAGAGCCAAAUGAAUCCUGGUAGCAUGGACUGUUUGUAAAUAAACCACACUAAUUCACUUCCUCUCGGACAGAGGUUGAUUUCUCCUGGAGAUUUUGUCGGUUGGCUCUCAGUGUGAACUCUGCGUUUUACUGUCGUCAGCUACAGCGGGGAUUUCUGAUUGGCCCUGAUGAGAUGUGUUUAGGGUGGCAGUGAGUCCAGCCUGAUGCAGCGAGCAAAACAGAAUCUUGAACUCAAUAUGUUUUCAUCUUGACGGACCACCGGAAAUAUAUGAAUUUGUGGGAAACUCUGAGCUUUUGUUGUGAUAUAACAGGACUUUUUUUUCAUCUAAAACAAGCAGCUCUGACAAGAGGAGACAGAAGACUUUGCAAGACACUUUCCUCCUUUUUUCCAACCUGUAGAAUAUAACUCCUCCAUUAACAUGGUCACUGUUCUUGGACUUCAAGUGGAGGAAAACUUUAUUUCCAGCCAGGAACCAACUUUUAAGGUUCUGAAACCAAUUUAUUUUUUGUGAAAAUGCUCCAAACGAUGCAGAAACUGGAACAGAACUCGUUCUAUGUUGAUGGAAAAAUGGGAAUCUGCCUCUGAGCGAAAGGGAUUCCUGACUGAGAGCCUCUGAUCACAGUGGUUCAGUCUAUCACAUACUGAACUUUACAUGUUUGCUGACUUAUCUGAUAUAUCCUUUCAGAUGUGACUGUUUUCUUCUGGCCUAUCACGACCCCGCGGUCGAGCUGAUGAACCAAUGACCCUAAAGAACAAACGAGCGGAGGAAGCUCCUCCGUCUGUGUGAGAGCUAUGCACAUAAGAGGCGGAGAGAUCUGACGCCUCGUUCACCUCGGAACAAGGAAAUGUGACUUCUGCAUAUCCAAGGUGAUCGUUAACAUGAUUGUGGUGAAGAUCGUUGCUCCGGAGAUACUGCAGUCAUUGUCCGAGUAUCUUGAAUGUAAUUCGAAAACUUUACUCACAAAGUUGGCAGCUUUUUCUUCUUCUGAUAGUAAACUGACAUCAAACGGUGGAAAGGGAACAAAUAUCAGUUUAUGAGACGUGCAGCAUGAACAGGUGUGAGUUGCGCGUUAUAUCAAGGAUGAAAGAUGUCUUUGGGAGAGAUGAGCUUUAUAUCGAGCUGUCCUACAGUGUCUCUGCACUUUGUGUGUGUGUGUGUGUGUGUGUGUGCGCGUGCGUGCGACUGCACAUGCGUGUGUUAGGGAAGGAAAUUACUGCAUCAUAGCUGCCUGCAGCUGAUCAGUUAGUCUGCUUUGACAGCCUGUUAAUCAUUGACCAGUCAUCAUUUCGAGGUAUCACACUUUUUCAAGAAGUACAACCCCAAUUCCAGAAAAGUUGUGUAAAGUGUUAAUGAAAACAGAAAGAGAAAUCUUUUUUUUCCUAUGAUUAAUUGAAUACAGUGCAGAAUUUGAUGGCUGCAACAUGUUAUAACAAAGUUGGGACAGGAGCAUGUUUAGCCCUGUUUGACAUCACCUUUUCCUUUAACAACACUAAAUAACUGUUUGGGAACUGAGGAUGCUAAUUGUUGAAGUUUUGAAAGUGAAAUUUUUUCCCAUUCUUGCUCAGUAUAAGACUUCAGUGUAUCAACUGUCCAGGGGUCUCUGUUGUUGUUAUUUGGGCUUCCUAACGCUCCGCACAUGUGCAGUAGGAAACAGGUCUGGACUGUAGGCAGGCCAGUGUAGUACCUGCACUCUGUUACUACAAAGCUGUUGGAACACGUGCAGAAUGUGUCUCAUUGUCUGGAUGGCAGCAUAUGUUGCUCUAAAACCUGUAUAUACCUUUCAGCAUUCAUGGUGCCUACACAGCUGUGAAGUGGACUGGCCUCGCUCGGGAACAACUGAGUCUUUUGAAGAUGCUCCUUUCAUACCUCAAUGAUGUUUUCAUCUACCAGUUAACCUGUGAAAUGUUUCAAACAGGUGUUUUUUGAGCAUUUAAUAACUUUCUUUCUUUUGUUGCUCCUGUUCGACCUUUAUUAUAACAUAUCGCAGCCAUUAAAUUCAGACUGAGUUUAUAUUUGCAAAAUCUGAAUGAAUAUUUUUUCUUUCUACUGCAUUCAACAGAAUAUAGGUCAAAAAUGAUUUAUAAAUCAGUGCAUUCUGUUUUUAUUUGAAUUUUACAAAACUUCCCAACUUUGUAUGAGUUGUAAUAUUUGGCUGGUUAAAGAACUCAGUUGCUGUGGACUGUAGGCAGUUUCCUGACCGUGUGUGUGUGAGAGAGACGCAUGGAAGCAUGUUGUGUGUAUGUGUGGAUUUGUCUUCCUGUCUUCUGCAUGUCCACCUGUGUCUCUGUGUGCAUGAUUGUUUAAUCUUGGGGCUAUUUGUCGCCCACAACUCGUCUGAAGAAGUUUGCUAAUAUCUAUUAAAUCAUUUGCUAUUUGGUCAACGCGUUCCAAACCCUUCAAAAGGCUUCUGAUGACUGUUUUCUGUUUUUGUAGUUGGGUCGGAGUCCCACAGUUAAAAAACGCACAAACACCUUUGAGGUGUGAGACGCAGUGAAGAGGGCUGAGCUGCUUUUAAAGCCGUUAAAAAUUCUUUAUUUUAUCGGAUUGCAUCAUAUCCUGCUCGCUGUUUCUUUCCUAAUCUAAAUGUUAACUUACUGAUUUAGUUCCUCUGUUUAGGAUGUUGUUUUGGGAUUGAUGCAGUCUCACAGUUGACCAUUUUAACCACUUAAAUCUGUCGUAUGUCAGUGGGCUUUAAAGGGCGCCGCCUCUCUUCUGUUUUGGCACAUUUUCACUUCCAGCUGUUGGUUCUUCAUGGUCGCUUCUAGCAGGACAGAUGUUUCUUGCAUUUUGAAUCGGUGUAUUUUCUGCCUGCGUGAUGCUGAUUUGCUGUUCAGCAGCAAUGAUUUGUCGGCCUGAGCAAACUGACUGAGAGCCCCUUAUGUCAAAGUGGUGCUGCAGUUUCACGUUUAUCAUCAGAUCGAAUCUAAAACCACCUCAAAGAGUUGCGCCAAAUACUGCACAGACCCUCUCCUGCGCUUUGUUGUAUUUCUGUCUUCGAACAAACUCGUGUAAAGCAACCGUUCAGAGAUGACCUCAACCUCCUGGUGACCUUUGCGUUGGUUGUGUCGGGGUGCUUGGACGCUCUGAUACCUGUGAGCAGGUCGAGUCUUCUUCUCCAGAUUGCUGGUAGUGUUAAAGGGAUAGUCCAGAUUUUUUUAAAUGGGGUUGUGAGGGGUACUUAUUCAUAAUCAUUGUAUUAAAUACAGUAGAUGGUAGUCACGUUAGCUAAGCAAUCUACUGCUGUUGAGGAGUCAACUACAAAACGUAUUUUAGCCACCUAAAAAAUGUUUGACUAAAGAAAUCUGUAUCAGUUAAAGUGUACACUACAUUCACAGUAUUUUCCCUACUCUAUCUUUCUGUCUGACAGAGAUUUUCAACAGGAAAAUUAAGCUGCUUCCUUCAAAGCCAGCCUCCAUUGAGAAAAACAGUGCAUGAACAUUUUUUUAAUCACAAUUUAAUUUAAUUUAAUUUUUUAAAACUUUUUUUUCAAGGACAAAAUUGUUUUCUCCACAACCAUCUGUUGCAAAGAAAUUGUGCGCAUUCGUAAACUGAGCAAACAUGCUACCAGGGCUGAAAAUCAGCUUUUUAUUUCAUUUCAGCGUAAAAUUCUUGUUCUAAUUCUAACCGCUGACGCUGCUCCGUUAUGAGUGUUUUUCCGGCAAGUGCGGAUUAUUUACUGGAACGGCAUAAUGAUACAAGCAGAUAAUUGCAACCACGUCCGUUCUUUGCUUCCCAGUUGAAAACAUUCAUCUAAAACAUUUAAUAAUUGAUCCUUCUGUUCUCCUCUCAAUUAUAUUCAAGUACUUUUUUUAAGGACAGAGUUUUUAAAAAAUGUCUGAAAAGCACCUCAAGCAUCUUGUACUAACCUUGAGAAGUAGACGCCUGUGUUCAGCGAGCUAAAAUGACGAAAAUGAUGUUUUUGUGAAUGGAGUCUGGUGGUUGAGAAGCAUCGACAGGAACUGAAGUCAUUAAUGACUCACAUCAAAUCAUGUCGUCGAAUGUUUAAAUAAAACUGAAAAUGCUCUCAACAUAACAUACGCUCAAACUGAUGGAGAUUUUUUAAAUGUUUUGUGGCUGACUCGGUCCAAAGCAGUAGAUUUUUUCGCUUCCACGUCAGACUCCAGCCUGCUUCUCCAAAAAAAAAAAUCUGCACUGAUCCUUUAAAGCGUACAUAGAAUGAAGAGUAAGAAUCACAGGUUGAUUUAUGUGUUGCCGAGAACAGAUGACGAGUUCAUGCUGUUUUGUUUUUUUGUGUGUUUUUUAAAGUCUGUCAAUUUGAUCUUUUGUUGCCAAAAAAGGCAGUGGAACAUAUUCUCACAUUUUGUUAAUUUUCUCACAUUUUUUGUAUUUAU